GCCGGCAACCGACGUACACAGGGGCUUGAGCGUCCUGUGGAGUGCGGGAGGUCUGGCCAUGAACUUGGGAGAUGGUUUAAAGCUUGAAACUGAAUUACUGGAUGGAAAAACCAAGCUAAUUUUGUCUCCAUAUGAACAUAAAUCAAAAAUUUCUGUGAAGAUGGGAAAUAAGAUCAAGGUUGCAAAAUAUCCUUUAAGAACAAAACAAAGUGGACACAAUCUAAAGUCAACACAAGAUACUUGUUGCGGGUCUGAAAAACUUUUGCAAAAGAAGAAAGGUGAUUCAGAAACAUCCCAGGCAAAAAGUGAGAAAAAUAGAAUGACUUUUUCACCCACUAAGGAUUUGUGUAAGCAGUGUGUAGAUAAAGAUUGCCUUCAUAUCCAGAACGAGCUUUCACCUGGAACCCCUAAUGUACAGAAGACCAGAAGCCCCAUGACUACAUCUCUAGUCGGUAAACAGAAGUCUCACAACAAACACAUCACGACUGAAAAUAUGAAGAGUAAUUUGGUGUGUCUUACACAAGACCAGUUACAGCAGAUCUUGAUGACCAUAAACCAAGGAAGUAAAUCUGUUUUUUCAAUGGAGACUGGAAAGGAGGAAGAAACAAGUCAAUAUAAUCUACAUUUAAACACUAUUCCUGAUCAACCAAAGGAUGAGAACAUUAUGGGAUUAUUCCACAAAACUGAGGCUGUUUCAUCUCCCACAGAUGAAAAUAAACCUGUCCUAAGUAAAACUCAGGAGACAUCUACGCAGUAUGAGCAGAAAAUUGUCAUAGAGAAUGAACGGAAACCAGCUGACAUAUUCAGUACCCUGGGAGAAAGGGAACAUUCUAGAAGUUUGUUAGAAGCAAAAAAAGCCCAGUGGAGAAAAGAACUAGAUGAACAGGUUGCUUUAAAGAAGAAAGAAAAAGAAGCUUCUGAAAAAUGGAAUAAUCCUUGGAAAAAAUCUGAGAGUAAUAACAUAAUUUGGGAAAAACUUCAAAUUCUUGACCAAUCUAGGGACGCAGUAUCACUGGAGCACCCUUUCAAUGCUGUGAAACAAGAACAGCAAAGAAAAUGGAUUGAAGAGUUGAAUAAGCAAAUAAGAGAUGACAGACAAAGAAAAAUGGAGGAAAAAAUUACACAGUCCAAGGGUGAGGAACAUGACAGAUGGGCAGUGCAUUUUGAUUCGUUAAAGAGUUAUCCUGGUUCUCGGUCUCAGCUGUCCUCUCGGUCAGCACACAAGCAACCAGAGUACUUCUGUGUCUCUCCUGACACUCAGGAGCUGGCUGAUAUCUGCAGUGUUUAUACGCCGAUGACAGAAAGCCAGAUUGAACCUUCAGAGGAGGAGCAUGUAAUAAAACCUAUUGGGAAUGUGGCCAUGGCAAACAGUCAAAAAACAAACUUUCUCCGUUCUAUGACUGCUCUCUUGGACCCAGCACAGAUUGAGGAACGGGACAGAAGGCGACAAAAACAGUUAGAACAUCAGAAAGCCAUCACUGCUCAGGUAGAAGAGAAACGCAGGCAAAAACAACUGGAGGAAGAGCAGCGAAGAAAGGAGGAACAAGAAGAAGAGCGUCGAUUAGCACGGGAACGAGAAGAGAUGCAAAAACAGUAUGAAGAAGACAUACUUAAGCAAAAACAGAAAGAAGAAAUCAUGACUCUGAAGACACACGAGCUGUUCCAGACGAUGCAGAGAGCACAGGAGCUGGCACAGAGACUGAAGCAAGAGCAGAGAAUCCGAGAACUGACCCAAAAGGGACAUGACACUUCUAGGUUGAUUAAAAACCUUGGUGUUGAUCCAAUACAAGCGGAAUAUAAUGCAUCCACAAAGAAUGUUUCAAAUUCAAGACAUGACUCUGGUGAAGUCAGUGGUAAAGUGAAUACAGGCAUUAAUCUUAUGACUUCCCCCAAGAAGGAUACUGGUGUACAAACAGAUGACUUAAAUACAGGAAUAUUCACCAACACAGAAUCACACUGUGGAUCAGUAAUAGAGAGGGAGAUGAUGAAUUGUUCAUCUCCCAAGACUUCUGCAGAAUUUAACGGACAGUUUAACACUAAGAAAAACAAGCAAGCUGUGAGACAGGAUAAAGGAGACAACUUAGAAAAAGAAAACUGGCAUGAUGACCAGUGCAAUCAGUGUACAGGAACAGAGAAACAAACAAAACACAUGAAGAAAUAUUCUGAAAGACCUCACUGGAAUAUUAAUAAACCACUGAAAAGAUAUAUUCCAGCAUCAGAAAAGUACCCUCAACACCUUCAAAAGCAGAGAGAAGAAAAAAAAGUAAGAAGGCAAAUGGAAUUACUUCAUUUGGUAGAGAGAAAUAAUCCGGGGCACCUCUCUCAAAAUAGAGGCACUUCACCAAAAGUUCUUCAUCCAUCUCAUCAAGAAACAGAGUCAAAAUUCACAUGGCACCUAAUCAAAAAGGAGGAAGAAGAGCCUGUAAAAGAUAAUUCAUUCAACAAAGAAAGGUCUCAAUCACCACCAGUUCCAGCAGUGAAAAACAGAACCCAGCAAACUCAGACUAACACAGUACACUUACCGCUGAAAAACAGUAGCCAUGAAAACGAGAACUUGAUCUCGGGAGGCAGUCAAACGGAGUCAUCACCUGAGAUAGCUGAACUAUCCCGUUUUAUUCCCUAUGUCCGAACAAAUGAGAUCUAUUACCUUGACCCAAACGCACCCUUGUCUAGGCCCUCAACUCAGGAUCAAAAUUCUCAUGUUUCAGCCUGUGACCAAGAACAGCAGUUCUUUGAUUCUGACCAUGUCAGGGAUCCACUUCUUAAUCCUAGCUUGGUGAAAAACAGGGAUCGACAGCAAGCAAUCCUUAAGGGACUUUCAGAACUGAGGCAGGGCCUUCUCCAGAAGCAAAAGGAGCUGGAAACUAAUCUCAUGCCAUUAACUGCACAUCAAGAAGAGAAUUUUAGUUGUUUUUAAUGUAGAUAACCAAAUUUGAGUCUCCCAAAUUAUAAAAUGUGCUUAUUGUUCAAACUGUAUUUUUCAAUAGUCUCAACUUUUCCAAUGCUUAUUAAAAAUUUGUAUAUUAUGUAGUAAAAAUGCUGUAUUUUUUUUCCCACAUACUAAAACAAGACACUUGGAAAAGCAUAGUAAACCAAAAAAAAAAUCCACUAUUUUUCUAGUAUAUCACAGUUUGGGUAUUGAAGUCCUAUAAAAACAA